AUAACAGUAAGCGUAGGAUUAUAAUGUAUAUAUACAUGUAGGUCUUGUUAACUUUCAUAACAUUGAUCGGGAGCCAAUAUUUACAAAUCAGUCUUAUGUAGGAAAAUAAGAAACGGAUUUUCCAGAAGAAAGUACAUUCUAUAAAACAGGAGAAAUGGGCAGCUCAUCAAUUCAUCUCAGAUCGAAUGUAUCAGGAUUCGCCGAAGAGAAAGCAGCAAAAGAAAACCAUACAGUUUGGUAUCCAUCGUCAACAGAACAAACUCUUCAAAAACUUUGGAACGAAACGAGCAAAUUUCCUGUUGAUUACAGCUGUCCUAACAUGUCCGGUGCUGUUUCGUUCAAAUUCUAUUUGUUCAGUUCCGAAAAAAGUAAUCUUACCUCGGAUGGAUUUGAUAGAUGUAUCGUGGUACUAGGAUUAAUAAUUGGGUUUCUAGGUUUCGUUGGAAAUUCUGCCACCAUCUUCAAAAUUUUGUGGGAUAAAAAGUUCCAUACUCCUACAUUCAUCGCUUUAGCUUGCCUUGCAGUCCCAGACCUUCUAAAUAUCAUCAAUGUUUGCCUUAGUAGAUUUUCCAACCUUCCUUUGUACAUCAGAAAUAAUUAUAUCUCGCCCGAAUGUGUUUCAGCGUUCAUUAUAGUGUAUUUCCUGUAUGAAACGAUUUAUACUAGCUCAAGUGCACACAUCGUGUUCCUUUGUUUGAUAAGAUAUUUAUUGACAGUCCAUCCUCUAAAGGCCAAAAUACGACUAACAAGGAUAAUGGUUAUGAGAUGCUCUAUCAUGAUAUGGAUUUUUUGUUCCCUGUUUUCAGCAUCUAUAUCAAUAAUAAUAUCAGGACAUGGUAAAAUUUCGACAGAUGAGGGAAAAAUUCGUUCAAUUGCAAGCUUUUCUACAAGAAUUGCAGUCUCAGGGCUGCUGUCUAUAUGUGCCAUCGUUACCAUACAUAUUUUGAAAAUGAAAGCCCUUAAACAUUCCUCUACUACCAAAGGCAUCAAUAGAAAAAUGCAUAUUAUAAUAUCCAUUAUAUUAUUAAUUUUCACGUGCUUUCAAAUUUUCCGAAUAACAUGUUUUAUAUCUGGAUUAUCUAAAUCAUUUUCUUUCGAACACAGUAUGUUUUCAGAAAACCAUUAUCCAUACGUACAUGACAUUGUUUUCCUCCUUGUUCUCCUAAACUUCGCCUGUAAUCCUUAUUUACUCUUUUUUGCUUCGAUGAUCGUUUCAUGCAGAAAACGUUUCCAUCCUACGAAGUCAACGAAUGUUCGAAUAAAUGAAAGACAUUUCUUUUAGACUUCCUAACAUCUGUGUAGAUUUGAUUCAAUGUUGUUUAAAGUCCUUCUAGGGAAUUUUUCACUUAUAUGGAGACGCCACCACUUGCCGCUGAAGAGCUGUAAAUUUCUAUCAAAUGCUAGGCCGCAUGGCUAUUGAAGAGCAAGGGAUCUUUUUCGUGCCAGUACCUACUGCGACACGGGACCUCCAUUAUACGGUCAAAUCCGGUCUCCACGUCACACAGUGGGAUUCGAACUUGCUACGUAAGGAUCAACUUCUAUAUCAGACACUCUAACCACUGCGCCACGCGGGCAACCCUAACAUCUAACAUAUGUUACGAACGUUUACUUAUAACAUUUUGUCAGUGAAAGUUUACCGC